GUAGUGUCGUGAAGCAUACCAUCAGGGAGAGCGACGGCGGCUUCGAUACACCCGGAGACUAUGCCAAUGUGCACGUUAAGUUCAGAGAGACAACGCAGGAUGCCAAUGCUAUGUGGGUGGAGAAGCAAUGGUUCAUGCUGCACGAGGGCGUACUACCGACUGCGGUGGAGGAUGCCAUUGAGGCCAUGUGCUUGGAAGAGAUCGCGAAGGUAUUUGUGAAGAG